ACUGGCCGAGCUAAUAUCUUGGAAUACGUUGUGAUUUCAACACACCAAGAUCUCAACCAGCUCAUCGACGAGAAUCCAGAAAUUUCCCUGUUCGAUUCUGGCGACAUAAGUGGACUCGUUUCAUUUGAGUAUUUUCAGCUCCGAUCUCCAACAAAAUUCGUCCUGCUCGUCUUCCUAAACGUGGAUAAAACCUCCUUUUUGCAGUGCGACAUUUACGUCUUCCAUCAUCUCAUUUGCGCCGGUUGUUCGCGUUAAAGUGGUUGGUGGAGGCCAAAAAUCACGAUGGCCUCCCGUUUCGUCUCGGGCGGGCGCAUUGACGCCGAAACAGGCGAGGAUAUCUCCCAGUCGAGCGCAGCCGGGGCAGAGACUGGCGUAGAGGCGGCCGCCUUGCCCUCUCGCGGCGGUCAUGGCGGCGGCGCUGGUAAGGGCUCGGCCGAAUGGGAGGCUGUUGAGCGGGAGCUUGAGGCCGAGAGACGGAGGCGGGACGAAGCGAGGGCGAAGGCUGUGGAGGAGGGCGGGGAGAAGACCCUUUAUGAUAUUUUACAGGCUAAUAAAGCCGCCAAGCAAGCUGCCUUUGAAGAGCAACACAAGCUCAGGAACCAGUUCCGUGCGCUGGAUGACGACGAGGUAGAUUUCCUCGACGAUAUCAUGGUGCGUCGAAGGGAAGAAGAGGAGAGAGUGAAGCGGGAGACGAGGGAAGGACUGGAGGCAUUCCGGGCCGCACAGAGACUGGAGGAGCGGAAGCUCUCCGGGCAAGCGGGCGAAGCGCAAGGAGAUGAUGAAGGGGCAGGAGGAGGUGGAGUCGACAUGGUCGAUGUGGAUGAGUGGAAGAACGUCGGGAGGAAGAGGAAGAGGCACGACAAGCGCGAGGGUGGUAGGGGGCCUUUUGUGAAGAGGAAAUCCAGCAGCACCGCCGAGGCGACGAAGGGGGAGGGGGGCGGGAAUUCGACCAUGAGUGGGAAAGGGGGUGACGGAGGGGAGAAAGGCAACGGAGAGGACGACGCGGAGGCGGGCAGGAAGAGCAAGGGCGCGAACAGUGGUGGCAAGAAUGGUUCUGAUGAUGGUCGUCUUAGGAAUGGGAAGGGCCCCCGCCAGUCUGCGAGCAGGACAAGUCCUCCCAAACCUCCAGCAUCGGCGACAUCAAAGCCCGGGUUAGCACUCGUGGCGUACGGUUCUGAUUCUGACGAUGACUAGGAGAGUCGGGGGUUCAUGAUGAGGUUCACACUUUCUGUUCUGCGUUCAAGAGACAGACAGUAAAUACCGAGUUGCUAUACCAAGCUUACCCAAGUAUUAAUGCACGAAACAGUUGACAGAAGACGA